UAUUUCCUCACAUAAAUUACAAACCAAAAAAGAAAUCAAGUGUUCUUUUCUAAUACACUAAAACUUCUCUCACUUUCCAAAUUAUUGGGAAAAAAAAGGAGAGAACUAAGUGUAAGAAAUUACACUAAAAGAAGAAAGAAAGGAAUAAAAAGAGAUUUUUUUGUUUAACUACCAAAUAUUAAACCAUGCUUACCAUUCACCACCCUUGGGUUUUUGCCUUUGGUAUACUAGGAAAUGUCAUCUCUUUCAUGGUGUUUCUUGCACCACUGCCAACUUUUAUAAGGGUGUACAAGAAAAAAUCAACAGAAGGUUUCCAAUCACUUCCUUAUGUAGUUGCUAUCUUUAGUGCUAUGCUAUGGAUCUACUAUGCUUUGCUAAAGGGCAAUUCCAUCCUUUUGAUCACUAUCAAUGUUGCUGGAGUUAUUAUUGAGACUAUUUACGUUGCCAUAUACAUUACCUAUGCACCAAGGCAAGCAAGGUUAUCAACUUUGAAGCUACUAUUGUUGAUGAAUUUUGGAGGGUUUUGUGCAAUUGCCCUCUUUUGUCACUACUUAUUUCACGGAGCAGUUCGACUUCAAGUUUAUGGAUGGAUCUGUGUAGCAAUCUCUAUUAGUGUAUUCGCGGCACCCCUUAGUGUCAUGAGGACGAUGAUCCGAACCAAGAGCGUGGAGUACUUGCCAAUCAACUUGUCAUUGUGUCUAACAUUAACGGCUACCGUAUGGUUCUUUUAUGGAUUUGUCCAGAAAGAUCUAUACAUAACACUUCCAAACGUUGUGGGGUUCGUAUUUGGCGUGGCACAAAUGGCACUCUAUGCAUUUUAUAGGAAAUAUGACAAACAAGCUGAAAAACAGAAGAUACCAGAAUUUGUAAGCCCAAUUAAGCAAGAAACAGUUGAGAUACAAUCAAUUGAUAAUAAUGUUACAAACAAAACUGAGGAUAUUAUUCUUCCACAUGAAGACCCUCAAGAAAUUGAGGGUGUAAUUGGUGACAAAGAUAAUGUUAUUAUUGAUGAUGAGGAGGUGGGUAAUUUAUACGGGCCGCCACACGGCCCAUCGACAUGCAACGUGGACGAGAAGAUCGUUGGUGGGCCCGGAGGCCCGGCAUGGGUUCAAUGUGCCGUUUGAGCUAGGGCAAUUGGUACCAUGACCAAAAGUUUUGGGUUUCUUAAUUAAUUCUUGUUUAUUUUAAUUUCCCUUUGCCAAUCAUCCCUUCAAAAUAAAUUAAGAGUAGGGUAAGAAAAAAAAAUGGGGUUAUUAGAUUUUGUAAAUUUGAUGUAAAUUUUUAAGGCCUUUAGUGGGGUCCACUUUUGGUGAUGAAGGGCACCUUAUUAAGGUUGAUUGGAGGGUCACUCUCCCUAAUGUUCCUCCUCUUAUAAUCCACAAAGGCACCCAUUAUUGUACUAUUGUCUAUUUUCUCUCAUUUAAUUGAGUUUUUGGCUCUUUUACAAAUAUUCUUCCAA